AUGAAGAAGGAAAACAAGGUGUGUUUUUCUAUUUGCGAGGCCAUGGAUGAUUUCAAUGGUGAUGUUUUCAAGGGACCGCUGAGUCAACGCGGAUGGGUGCUCCAGGAGCAUGCGCUGGCGAGGAGGACGAUAUUGUUUGCUGAGAAGCAGACUUAUUGGGAGUGCGGUGAGGGUGUCAUGUGUCAGACCAACUCGCGGUGUUUCUUGAUGAUCCAACUUUCCCAACCUAAUCUCCAAAGACUCGCAGGGCGAGAAAAUACACCGGUAUCAAAAGCUGCGUACCGCAUCUUAUCCGCGCUCAAGGCAAAAAGUGGCUUUGGUGUGUUUGAUGAGGGACCUGAGAAGAAGGGACUGCUCAGGAGGAGCUUACUCUGGAUUCGGGGUAGGGACACGGAGAAGAUGGCCAGGAUCAAGUUUGGUGUCGAGCAAGCCAUUAGCUUUGUGCCUUCCUGGUCAGUACAUCAGUCCGCGUUUGGGGAGAUCCAUUGGUAUGAGCUGACGAGUCUUUGGUUUGGCGGCGCGCAGAGCCUUUCUCCGGCUAGCGAUGGGAGGGGGGCUCACAGUCAAGGGUUGUUACUUGCUAAAGCUAGGGACUAUGACGUUUCAAAUGCGGGGGAUGGGGAAAGGAGGAUUGAAAUGGAUAGUCCUGGGGGUUCGGAGCAGAAGGAGACGAAGUGUGUGGUUUUAGGUCAACGAGGUCCGUGA